AUGUGGAAGCUCUUCAGUGACAUCGUGGCCCGAAAAAUAUUUCUGCCUGUUGCUUUGUCCCAGAGACUGGCUGUGGCCUCAUUGCUGGAUCGCAUCCUGACAAGGCCCUACACGGCCUUGUGUGAGCUGGAUGCGGUGUGGGGCUUGGUGGUGGUGGUGGCGGCAGCGGCGGCGGCCCUCGCCUCGCUGAUCCUGCUCCUGGUGGUACUGUGUCGCCUGCGGAAGAUCACAGAGGCUGAGGAGCGCAGCGGGGUGGCGCCGCUACUCCUGCUGCUCGCUGCCAUAUUUGGGCUCUGUGGCCUCAGCCUGGGAUACAUCGCUGAGCACCAAGAGAGCCUCUGCUUCGCCCGGCGUGUCCUGAGGGGGGUGUUGCUUGCUGUCUGCAACACCUGCCUAGUGUUCCAGGGUCUGCGACCUCAUAGCCCCAGCACAGGUCAACUGAUGGGGCUGGCGGUGGCCUUGGCCGUGUUGGAUCCAGAGUGGAUCCUUCUAGCCAUGAUGUCCACGUGCCAGCCAGCCUGUGAAUACCAGCCGCUGAACUUUGCGCUGGCCACCACUUAUGUGCUGGUCCUGCUCCUGGCAGCACUGGUGGGGGCGGCCUGCAGUCUGUGGAGGCAGCAGCCACGGUGGAGGUGCAGGACCAUGUGGCUGCUCAUCACCUGCCUGGCCUCAGUCCUGCUGUGGGUGGCCUGGAUCACUUUCUACCUGUAUGGCAACGCGGCGCUUGGCCUGUCCCCAACAUGGGACAACCGGGUACAGGCAGUGGUGCUGCUGGCACAGGCAUGGCUGCUCAUACUGCUGCACGCUGCUCCUGAGCUCCAUGCCACCUUACGGCCCCCAUCCCGCAUGAGAGAGGCCAGUUUAGAGGAGGACCUUUCUCACGUGUAG